UCCUAUAUUUUAAACCUAGGUUUCAGCUUCAAAGCCAUUUUUUUGUUGUUGUUGUUCUUCAUCACAGUAAUGGAAGAUCAAGCUCCAGACCGUAAUAGUCCUAGCCAUGGUUCAGAGAGAAGUGAACCAGUCAGGUCACGGUGGACUCCAAAGCCAGAACAAAUCCUCAUACUUGAGUCCAUCUUUAACAGUGGCAUGGUAAACCCUCCAAAAGAUGAAACUGUGAGAAUAAGAAAGCUGCUUGAGAAAUUUGGUUCUGUUGGCGAUGCUAAUGUCUUCUACUGGUUCCAAAACAGACGUUCAAGGUCUCGCCGCCGACAACGACAGCUGCAAGCUAGCCUUGCAGGAGAUCAUCAACAAAGAAACCAAGCACAAGUAGUUGGUGGUGCAAUUCAGUAUGAAAAUAGUACUGCUGCUAUGGGGUUUGCAAAUUCUCCUUCUUUUGCUAAUUCUUCUCCAUCUUCUUUCCUCGUUGGCUCCUCUUCUUCUUGCGGUGUCAUGGGUGAUGAUGGGUUUGAAAAUCUACUCUCAAUGUCUGGUCAAAUGGGAUUUCAAGAAGUUGGGCAGAGCUCGAGUGUAACAUCAGUUUUGUGCCCAUCAGAAACUCCCAAUUUGCACUACCAAUCUGGAUUCAUCACAGUGUUUAUCAAUGGAGUCCCAACAGAGGUUCCAAGGGGGCCACUUGACAUGAAAGCCAUGUUUGGUCAAGAUGUAGUGCUGGUCCACUCCUCGGGUGUCCCUGUCCCCAUGAAUGAGUUUGGCUUUUUACUUCAGAGCUUGCAGCCUGGCGAAAGCUAUUUCCUGGUUUCAAGACCAACUUAAAGAGCUGCAAACUAGUGGGGGCUGCCAGUAUUUUGUGAUAAUAUGCAACUAUGCGACAAGACCCAAGUUUCCCUUUGCUAUUUUCUUUAAUUUAUAUCUCUCCUUAAUUUCUUUCCUUUUAUCUUUGUUUCUCUUGUUUUAUAGGAUGAACUUAGUCAACCUGAAUAUUACAUAAAUCUACAG